AUGUCGAUUGUUAUUAGAUACUUAGAAGGUAACAACGUGCGGGAGGAUUUUGUGUCAUUCAUAGAUUGUCAUUCUGAGAACUAUGAGCUCAGUCCCGAUACGUUGGAGCCGGUUUUGAAUGGUACUAUUUUAGGAAAAUCAGUGAUAAAACAAGUUCAAAAAUUUCGUUUACCAUUGGAAAAUUGUGUAGGAAUUUGUACAGACGGAUGCAGCGUAAUGACAUCAAAACAACAAGGAGCCGUCCAAGAAAUUCAAAAAGAUAUGAAUAUAGCUGUACGAUGUCCAUGUUUCAAUCAUGCUUUAAAUUUGAGUUUGUCGAAAUCAUCAAACGUUCAAUGUGUGAGAAAUGCUGUAGGGGUAAUGAAGGAAAUAAUAUCUUUUUUCAAAGCCUCUUCUAAACGCAAUUAUGUCCUCAAACAAACAUUGGGUGAUCAGCUCUCUGGAUUGUGUGAAACGCGAUGGGUAGAACGGCACGACUCCGUUCUGCAGUUUAAAGCAUCGAUUGAAAAAAUUUUGCAAGCUUUGAAUUUGAUUUCCGAAUGGAACGAAAGAGAAUCUUCCAGUAAAGCUAGGACGCAUAUACUUGCGAUCUCAUCAAAUUGCAGCUUUAUUAUCACUUUGUUUUGUCUAAAUGAAGUACUCGCAAUAACGUUACCUCUGAGCAAAUUAUUGCAAACAAAAAAUUUGGCUAUAAGCUCUACACAGAAUGCUGUUCUAAAUACGCUGCUUGUUUUGAAAGACAAACGCAACAAUGCAGAAACAAAUUUCAAUGCUUUGCUUAAAGAAAUAAUGCCAUGUCUAGAAAAUUUGAAUAUAGAUUUAUGUAUUCCAAGAGUGAAUAAAUUCAUGAAAAAUCGACCUAAUCCAGAUAUUCAUUCCUCCACAGAAUACUUUCGAAUAACGAUAUAUAUUCCUUUACUUGAAAGUAUCAUUUCCGACAUUGAGUGUCGUUUCCAGCAAGAAACCAUGGAUGUAUUUAAUCUGCAAGUAUGUGUUCCUGCUAUAUUAAUUCAUUCAAAUGAAGAUGACAUCCAUUCCGCCGUAGAAAUUUUGAUUGCAAAAUAUGGAAGUUUGUUUGAGACAGUUAGAGACGUGCUGAAGUCAACUUUUAUUGCAGAGCUACAUUUAUGGAAAAUGAGAUGGAAACACAGCAAAGAAUCGGAAAUUCCGAGCGAUGAUCUAAAUGCUCUCAUACAAUGUGAUGAAAUGAUGUAUCCAAUCAUUAAUAAAAUUUUAAAAAUAUUGUGUACUCUUCCAGUAAGUGUUGCAUCUGCAGAGAGGAGUUUUUCAGGACUGAGAAGACUUAAGAGUUGGCUGAGGGCCAAUAUGGGUGAAGAACGGUUAACUGGCCUUGCACUAAUGCAUGUCCACAAGGACAUUGUUAUUAACGAAGACAAUAUAAUAGAACGUUUCGCUAAAAGUGGAGUGAGCCGAAACAUAGAGUUCGUCAUGUACAGUGUGAAAAAUGAAAGAAUACCCAUGAACGAACAUAUAAAACACGCUGUAUUUUCCUGUCACCGUUCCACAGAAAAAAUUGUCCAGAGCAAGUACAUGUAACAAUAAUUAUUACAUGUACUGGCGCUGGCCAAUUUUUUGUUCGACACGGUGACAGGAAAAUACAGCGUGUUUUAUAUGUUCGUUCAUGGGUAUUCUUUAAUUUUUCCUACUGUAGAGUAUUAGUUUUUUGUUUAUAAUUUCAUUUCAUUCGAGUUAUUGUUAUUUUCUCUUUUCAAUAUAUAAAACAUCCCAUUCUGCGUUUUGUGUCUGUAUUGAAAUUGAGAGCUAAUAUCUAAUUGUGCAAAAUGCCCCCCCCCCCCCCCCCUGAAUUAAGAUAUAUGACCGCCCUUGGGAAGAGUCUACUUCAACUAGUAAAAGUUGAAUUAAGUUUUUCAAAUCAACUCUUACUGCUCGUUUUAUUUGGACUUGACUCGAACUGGGAAUAGUCAAAUCUAACUGAGACUCAACUUGAACCGUAACAUAUAUAAUUAACACUACAACAAACUAUUAACAAAAUUCAUUUCUAUCGUUAGAAAUUCCUCCCUAUCAAAAACUUCAUCAGUUCAAAUCAAAUGUAUUUUAAACUGUUUGCGUUAACAGUUUCAUACUUAUAUUGCAUAGAUUUUGUCUUGUUCUUGCUUGAGCUGUUCUUCUUCUUCUUCUUCUUUAAGUGCUAUCUCCCAAUCGGAGGUUGGAUAUCAUCAUCAUUAUUUUCGCUUUAUCUACCUCUGCUAUUGAACUGCAUUUGAACCAGUCCCUUAAUCUUUUCAACCAUUACCCCCCUCUUAUCUUUCCCUGUGUUAAAAAUCUUAGUAGACCAGGGCGCAUCUGUAAAAAUAUUAGUACAUUUGGAUGUUGAGAGGUGACUCAUUUUUUUGCACAAAUUACUUGAAAAUAACUCAUAUAAUAAUAUUUGAGUUAUCCUCCCACUCAAAAAGGUCCGGAACAUUGUUUAAAUAAUCAAAAUGUCAAAAAAUGAAGGAAAAAUUCGAUUUUUUUCUUCGUUUUUUGAUUAUAACUUUAAAAGUAUUCGUUUCCAAGAAAAGUUGCACUGACAUAAAAGUUGCGUAAUUAAAUUUAUUACAACAUAGGAUUAGUUAAAAAUUUUAAAAAUUGUCACCCUUGUUGCAAAAUAGCAAUAAUUGCGAAAAAACCAUAAAAAACAAGUAUUCGCAUUUUACGUUUUUCCACCAUUUAUACUACACCUAGGACCUUCAUAUUUCACCCAGAAAAACUUUAUGAUAUAACAAAACAAUACUGUAAAUUUCAUUAAGAUCGGUGUAAUAGAGUUUGCAAAAUAAAUUUUGCAAUCCAGCUUUCGCAAAAAAAAUCAUUUUUUCAAAAUUUUGCAAGACUGAAAAUAAAGCAGACGGCAAUUUGAAUUUUUUUUACAUAUAGAAGAAUACUGUACCUUUCAUUUACAAUUUUCAAAAUUAAAAUCGGUUAACUACCACGACGUCAGGAAUUUUUUUAAAUAAACAUUAUUUUUGGUGCUACGCGCAGGACAGCGGAUACGUUUGCUCUGAUUGGGCAUUCCAAUGACCUUUGAUAAUUAUUGAUAAAUUUUAAUUUUUAGUACAUUUCGGAAUAAAUAAAUAAAUUUGUUUAUUGCAAAAUAAAAACACAUACUCUGUCCUUGAAAUACAGUAGAACCCCGCAAAUCCGAACUAAUUGGGGGGACAGCCUGUUCGGAUUCCGAAAAGUUCGGAUUAUCCGAAAGUUAGCCUUAACUAGUAGUUCAAAGCUUUCAUUGUGAUUUUGAGUAGCCAAACGUUCUCGCAAGAGUCUGGACAAUAUUUUUGGAGUCAAGUUGACUACGAUAGAACCAAAGUAAGUUUGUGUUUAACCUUUAUAAACACUUUAUAAACCUAUAUAUUAAAGUAUAAUAUUUAUUUUUAAGAAAUUUUAAAUGUCAAAGUGCUAUAGUAAUCCAACAUUGUCCAAUUUUCUGGCUUUACUCUGUAUAAUAAACUUGUUUUUAAGUUUUUGUCUUGAAUUUUUAAAUUUUUUUCACUUUCCGUUGGUUCGGAUUUGCCGAAAGUUCGGAUUCGCGGGGUUCGGAUUUACGGGGUUCUACUGUAACACUUUUUUGACAAAAACUUUCUUUGUUCAUAUAUUUUAACUUCGAGAAUAAAAGUUUAUUAUUUUUAAACAUAUUAUGCCAUUGUUUAAACAAUAUUUCACAAACAAUAAUCAAAUUAGUUUGAUUUUUGUGGAAUUAAAAUAUUAAAAUACAACAAAAUAUAGAGUAAGAAACUAAGAAAGAAAAAACACCUCUGUCCUGCGCGUAGCACCAAAAAUUAAUGUUUAUUUAAAAAAAUUCCUGACGUCGUGGUAGUUAACCAAUUUUAAUUUUGCAAAUUGCAAAUUGCAAAUGAAAGGUACAGUAUUCUUCUAUAUAUGUACAUAAAAAAUUUCAACUUGCUAUCUGCAUUAGUUUCAGUCCUGCAGCAUUUUGAAAAAAGGAAUUGUUUUUGCGAAAGCUGGAUAGCAAAAUUUAUUUUGCAAAAUCUAUUAAACCGAUCUUAAUGAAAUUUACAGUAUUGUUUUAUUAUAUACUAAAGUUUUUCUGGGUAAAAUAUGAAGGUCCUAAGUGUAGCAUAAAUGGUUAAAAAACGUAAAAUGCGAAUACUUGUUUUUUAUGGUUUUUUCGCAAUUAUUGCUAUUUUGCAACAAGGGUGACAAUUUUUAAACCAAUCUUAUAUUGUAGAAAAUUUAAUUACGCAACUUUUAUUUUAGUGCAACUUUUCUCGGAAGUGAAUACUUUUAAAGUUAUAAUCAAAAAACGAACAAAAAAAUCGAAUUUUCCUUCAUUUUUUGGCAUUUUGAUUAUUUAAACAAUGUUCCGGACCUUUUUGAGUGGGGGGACAGCUCAAUUAUUAUUAUAUGAGUUAUUUUCAAGCAAUUUCUGCAAAAAAAUAAGAGUCGCCUCUCAACGUCCAUCUCAAAACAGAUGCGCCCUGGACUAUAUAUAGCAUUUCAUAUCGCUGUCUCCUAAUUACGUGCCCCAGAUAUUGUAACUUUCUUAUUUUGAUUGUGUUUAUUCUUUCGUAUUCUUUGCCCAUUUCUCGCAAUACUUUCGUGUUCGUUUUCUUCUGUGUCUAUUUAUUUUACAAACUGUGUAAGAUGUAUUUUUCCAGUAUGACUUGCAAAAUCCAAUCAGUUGCAGUAUCUAUUUCAAAAUCAGGUGCACCUGGUAUCCAUGACAAGAGACAAAGACAUAAAUGGAAUUUGGGCUCUGUGAAUUUGAAUUGAUUUUAUUUGUACCGCGAAAAACUUAUUUUAAGUUUUUUGAUCUACGAGCCUUGUAGGUUCUGAGCUAAAUAUUAUCUUCUUUCACUCUCUGCUGUCCUUAACCAUUUCUUCUCAGUUUCUAAUUUACUUCUGAUUUAGAUAAUCCGUAAUCAUCUCUGACCAUCUUGUUUUGGGCCUUUCUUUCCCCUGUUUUUGGUCACGUUUUCUCCAUCCAAUAUCUUUUACCUAUCUUGCAUUCUACCUAAAUAUCCCAACCAUUGUACUCUUCGUAUUCUUAUAACUUUAAAUGUUUCACGUUUUUGAGGGGUUCAUACAGUUCAUUAUUUGGCCUUCUAUCCCAUUAUUUUUCUCUUAGCUGCACAUCACAUAUUCUGCACAUAAGUUUCCGUUCCUAUCUUCCCAGCUUAUUUUGAGAUGUCUUAUUUAUAACCCACAUUUCAGCAAUAUACAGAAGAGUUAGUUUCAACACUUAAAAUUUUUUCUAAUUUUGUACUUUCAAAGCUGCUUUUAUUUCUGUUAUUUUUUUGCAUUUAUUGAUAAUACUAAGGGCCAACAAAUCUUUCCUUGUCUUACAUCGUAUUUUUUCUUGAAAUUGUAUGUUAUGUUGUGUAUUUAUUGAUCUCAUGGCAAUCUUAGACUAUUGCGAUAUUAGUGAGUUUUUAAUUUUACGUAGUGUUUUAGUCACACUUUCAUACCUUUAAUUUAAAUAAUAAAAAAAUUGUCAUAUAAUGGGUCAUAAUGAAAUUUAUUAUAGACAUAAGUAGCUAUGUCGGAACCAAGUUUUAAUUUUAAGUUUGAUUUUUAUUACACCUCGCCAAUGAGUGUUUUAUUGAUACAUACGUAAUUUUAUUUGCUCAAUUUUGUAAUGGUACACUGACGAAGGAGAUUUUGAAACGAUUUAUUCCGCUGUUCAAAAAUGUCAAAUCGUUCUCGACAAUCUGGCCUGUUGAAGUAGUAUACAGAAACUAUUUUAGCCAUAUCUGGUGGAGUAUACGGACACGUAUUCAACGAGUUCAAAGCUUUCAUUUAGCACGUUUCCUGCCACGUUGGUCCGAUGAGACAUUACUGGUGUUCGUUCAACAUUACAUAUUGUUCCGAUGGGAUCAUCAGAAGUUUUGUAUUUAUUAACAGAUCAUGUUGGUCCUAUGGAACAAACUUUUAUGCUGAUAUGUACCGAGCCGUCGGUGCUUAUUUAGUAAAAACUUGUGAACGGCUGUAGCUCAGCGGCAAUGUUCUGACUUCAUAAGCCAGAGCAAACGAGUUCGAUUCUCGGCACUAACAGCGACAUUUUCAUUUCUAAAAUGAUAUGAGAGGCGUGCACCGUGCUUCGGAGGGUACGUUAAGCCGUCGGUCCCCCUGUGCUAGUUGUGCAUCGACACUAGCUACUUCAAACAGGAUUAAAGAUGCAGUGGAGCCUGAACAAUCCGAAAGGAUCUCCCCGCAAAAAUGUCAUACGAUAUUAUCACACUAAAAACUAUCUAUGGUAACUCUAGAGAAAGUUUUCCUACAGAACCUACUGUCUUGUUUUCUGAAGUAAAAUAGGCAAUUAAAAUGCUAAAAAGAAAUAAAUUCCCAGGCAUUGACACUAUAUCAGGAGAAAUGAUUCAGUCAUUAGGUGACAAAGGAUUAUAAAUAGAUCAUUCCUUUUGUUUGUGUCGCUAUUUGGGAAAAUAUCCAUGUGGUUGGUGUAUACCUGAGUGACACAAGUGAGCAAACCGUAAACCCGAGACAAUUCAUUAAAAAGUCGAGAACAUUUCAAGUAUCUAUGAUAAUAUGCUUUGUUGACUACCAGAAGCCAUUCGAUUGUGCAAGCUUGGUAAAUCUUUGGUCCCUUUUAAUAUAGGUGGAUGCAUCGAUACACCUGGUGACACUUAUUAAAAAUUUGUACCAGUCCAAUAUGGCAAAAGUACAACUAGGUAUAUCAAAAGUUCCCCAGUCAAUUCAGAGCAAAGAGAGGGGUUACGACAAAGAUUUACCAACUGAACCUGACUUAUUCAAUAUUUAUGGUGAACUUCUUCUUCUUCUUAUGCAAUCCACUAAUGGAUGUUCGCGAUCACGUUUGACCAUUUUUCUCUAUCCCUUGCAGUAUGUAUUAGGUCUCCUAUGUUUUUUAGUCCUGUCCAUUGUUUGACAUUACGGAGCCAUGACAUUUUCUUCCUGCCCACUCCCCUUCUUCCUUCGAUCUUUCCUUCAAUUAAGGUUUGCAGAAACUGAUAUCUUUCAUUUCUAAUUAUGUGUUCCAGGUAUGCCGUUUUUCUCUGUUUAAUUGUGCACAUCAGUUGUCGUUCUGUACCAAUUCUUCUCAGGAUUUCUUCAUUUGUUAUUCUUGCGGUCCAGGGAACUUUAAGGAUUCGUCGAUAGAUCCACAUCUCAAAUGGUGAACAUGUCAUGAGAAUGGCUUUAGAAGGAUAGGUCGAUGUAAUAACGAUAUCCAAACCCAGAACAUAGUUUAACUGAUCCCCACCAGUGGGGCAGUCAGUCUUAAAAAUUUAUUAUUUUAGUUUUUAUCGUUGGAGUCCAGUCAUAAUAUAAGUGAGGGCUUGGUGCUGCGUCUGCAGCCAUUAGAGACUGAGUUGUAUAACAUUUGCUUGAUUACAAAUCAGAUUAAUUACUCUACCAUCCACUACAGCGUCAAAGAAAUUUCCUGGCUCACCAUUUGCCAACGUUUUAGCUACUUAAGCAUUUAUUUCUGAAGGAAUAGAAAAAGGUGCUAUUAGCUUGUAGGUACUUAUUAAUACUGGAACCCAGUUUGGUUUUAUUUUCGGUACUGGAUCUUCACUAUGUUGUGAAUCGAAGUUUGGUUCUGUAUUGAUAUUUUUCUCUACAAACUUUUGUAUAUUUUCCAGUUUCUUAAUUCUACGAAUAUGAUUCUUAUUCUGAGCUAGAGUUCUUUUCAUGAGAAUUUUUCAGUGCGUCACAGUUUUAAUUUCUUUCUAACGCAUUAAACUGUAUGUGACAGAAAAAAGGCACGUCUGUGAUUACAGACAUUUAUAACAUUUAUUCUAGUUGUCGAUAGAUGGCGCUGUAAUCGAAAAAAAAAUUAUUUACGAAUUAUAUAUCUCCGAAUAUAACCUGUACAAUUUAUAAAACUAUACAAAUCAAAGAAAAUACCAUUUUAUAAAUGCAAUAAACACAAUUGAUUUGUUUUUAUGCCAAAUUACAAAUAAAAUGUGACAACUGUCAGAUUUAAUUAAAAUGUCAUGUUAGAAUAAAUGUCAUAAAUGUGUAUUAUCCAGAGAUAUGUAAAGAGAAUAGAUCUGGCUAGGGAUAUGCCACUCAAUGCAUCGGGGUGUAACGCCGAUAUUAAGUACGGUGGUCUAGCUAUCUUUGCCUGUCGUGCGAGUGUGAUCGUAUCUACCAAGAGGUGGAAGUAAUGGAACGACAGUUACACAGAGGCGGCAGCCAUCAUAUGCUAGAGAGAGAAAUUUAAACGCUGGUAGAGAGAGAUAGAUAGACCACCGACCCGAACUGCUCCGCGUUACGCUAUUUUUCCGAGUUGGCCUAAUCUAUGUGUAUAAGAUCUUUGGUAUUAUCACGGUCUUACCUUUUUUCUAUCAUUUGUGACGCACUGAAAAGUGCUCAUGAAAAGGACUCUACACACUUAUACGCUAUCGGAAGCUUUGAAUGGUUCAUAAUUUGCAUCAGAAGUUUCACCCAAAUUGAAGCUUUUGCAAAUUGCAAAUCACGUUCUGUCAGAGAUUUAGAAUGAUGAGACAACCAAAAUCACGCAAAAUAUUGUAAAAAUAUAAAUUUUAACAGGGUGUAUUACUUACUUAAAUACAUUUUCGAAAGUACUUACAAAAAUAUGGUGGCGUGCACAACCACCUUGUUUAAAAAGACGAUUAUAUAGAGGCAUCGACAGAAAAUAUUGUUUUCAGAAAACGUGUUAAACAGCUUUCACAUUUGUUUUUUAUAUAGUAAGCGCCACGCUAGUAGACACACGGGUGCCUAAUUGCUAGGCUUGGGCUAAACCGGCCCGUUCUCACUUAUGAAUUUCUUUUCUGUAGUGUCAUGUGACUAUCAUAAAACUAUUCAAAAUAAUUGUUUUUCCAGACAAAAAAUACAUGAAUUAAUAGUAUUGUUACUUUGCUUUAAAAAAACUUUAUUCAAACACCAAAAAUAUUACAAUACUUACUUCAAAUACAACUGUUCUAUAAACUGUCAACUUUCUAUGUUUAUAUUACUUUCUACAGGGUGAUUGAUUAGUAGGGUAAAGCUCAAUAGCUCCGCUAUAGUAAUAAAUAUAAAUAAAAGUUAAUAACAAAAAUUUUAGCCACCUUUGAGCUUCACAUUACAAAAUUAGUUAGAAUGUUACAGGGUGUUCGAUAACACAGUGGCAGACCUAACUUAUGUUUUUUUAAAUGGAACACCCUAUAUUUUAUUUUAUAUUCGAAAUCCUGUUAACUUAUCCAUCACAAAAUAUAAAGGUUUGUAAUGUUAUACAGGGUAUUUACAAAGUUAUAACCAAUUUUGUAUGAAAAUCGUAACAAGUUCAACUCCCUGUAUAAAUAAAAAUAAGCACAACAGCAAUGGUUUAUUAAUGCCUUAUUCUAUUUUUCAUCUCAUCGUCAUAAACUUCAUUAUUAACGUAACCCCAAAAAAAUCAGUCCAGUUUAUUAAAUUCAAGUGAUUUUGGUGGCCACGCUACUGGUCCAUUGAAAAAUGAAAAUAUCUCGAAAACUAAUAAAUUUAGACAUAGGGAAUGUUAUCUAAAAAUGAAAGUACGUUAAUGGUACUUUUCAAUAGUGAUAUAAAAUACAGGGUGUUCCAUUUAAAAUUACUGAGAAAAUAAUGUACUUGCGUUUUGACUCACCCUGUAUUUGAUUUAAAGAAAAUUAGCAAUAUCGACCAUUCUUGAAAAUUUUGAUAAUACGUUAAAAAAUAUGGCAUUAAUAAACCAUUGUUGUUUUGCUUAUUUUUAUUUAUACAGGGAGUAGAACUUGUUACGAUUUUCAUAUUAAAUUUCUUAUAACUUUGUAAAUACCCUGUAUAACAUAACAAACCUUUAUAUUUUUGUGAUGGAGAAGUUAACAGGAUUUCGAAUAUAAAAUAAAAUAUAGGGUGUUCCAUUAAAAAAAACAUAAGUUUGGUCUGCCACUGUGUUAUCGAACACUCUGUAACAUUCUAACUAAUUGUGUAAUGUGGAGCUCAAAGGUGGCUAAAAUUUUUGUUAUUAACUUUUAUUGCUAUCUAUUACUAUAGCGGAGCUAUUGAGCUUUACCCUACUAAUCAAUCACCCUGUAUACAUUUUCUGGCAUUCUAGACGUCACUAGACAUAAAAGUAAACAGUGCAACAAGUGAGGGGUCCAGGACUGUAUUAGCUCAAUGUACCCGUGUGUCUAGUAGCACGGCGGUUACUGUAUACUUGGCCUUUUUUUACACAUUUACUAAUUUUUGUAUAUAUUUACAUGUACUUAAGUCAAACAAAGAACCCCAAAAGCUUCUCCUACUUCAAUAGUAACAAGUAAACCUCAUGUUUCACAUAUUUAUGACGUGAGGCAGUACUGACAAAUGUUCUUAAAAUUUCCUUCGUCUUCGUAAAUUUAUUUAUUUAUAAAUUAUUAUUAAUAUUUUUUUACUCUAUUUUUUUUAAUGUUAGAUACAACAUUUUUUUAUACAUAAGAUUUCAAUCAUUCACCAUUAAUUGUUCUCUUCAUUUUAUCUCUUUUCCUCUCUUUCUUGUUUUAUAUUCCUUUUCCCCCUUCAUUUUUUCUAUCUCCUACAUUACUUUCCUUGUUUCCUGUAUUGAUAAAUGUGCAUUUUAGGUAUUUAUACAGUGGGCACAAAAAAGUGAUAGAAUAGGGAACUUGAAUCACAACCGAAGACGAUUAAAAUCGAGAGAAAAUUCAAAUUAUAGCAGCCAGACCAAAACGCUCCCUCAUUGGUCGUGACGUCAUAUCAUUAUAAUGUUCGAGUUCCGCGUCAUUAAUUCAUUAUGUUUGAUAUUCGUUUGCUUGUUUGUAACCAUUUUAUGGUGUGUCUCAGUUUUAUAAAUCUUUAGAUAGUUGCUGUGUAGAUAUUUCAUAUUAUUUGAGUGUUUUUAUUAAGACAAUUUUUUUAAAAUGACCGAAGAGGGUUUUUCUAAAGGGGAAUAUGAUAACUUACCCAUUAUGAACAUAAAUAUUUAUUAUUAUGAUUAGUUUAUUUUAGUUUUAUAGUAAAAACAGUUCCAGAAAAAUAUUGUAUAGGUAGGUAAAUAUCAUUCAAUCUGUAAUGUACAUCUACCAAAAUAUACCAAAAGUUAUAAUAGUUUCUUUUUGUGCAAAAUACACUUGGUUUAUUAAAAAAAAACUAUUAAUCAGACAACAGACAUUAAAAUGUUCUUCACAUAAAUGAAGACUGUGAGAAUGAACUGAAAUUACUUCAAUUAGUCCAUUCUUUCACGGUUUUUGCUCUAAAUUUUAAAGAACCGCUUGGAUUGACAUGAAAUUUGGCAUACGUAUAGCUUACAUGUCAAAGAAAAAAAGUGAUAUUGUGCCGAUAUGUGCUUUUGCCCUGGGGGUGACUUUCACCCCCUCUUGGGGGUGAAAAAAUAUAUGUCCAAAAUAAGUCCGGAAAUGGGUAAACUGACUAAUUUUAAGUAACUUUUGUUCUAUAGAGCUUUUUCGCCAAGUCAACACUUUUCGAGUUAUUUGCGAGUGAAUAUGUUCAUUUUUCAACAAAAUAACCACAUUUUUAGACGGUUUUUCGCAAAUAACUCAAAAAGUAAGUAUUUUGUUGAAAAAAACGUUCCUAGCAAAAAUAUAGCCUAUAAAAAAGUAAAAAAAAAUGGUGUACGCGUUAGGUCUCUGGAUCUCACAGAACCAGAGUUACAGCCAAUGAAAAAUAGAUUCAUAUUCACCAAAUUUCAAAUAGAAUAUUUCGACGUGAAAUAUCCAAAAAAUUAAGCACUUUUUUGGGAAAAUACAUUUUAACUUUUUUAAAGUGUUUAAAAAAGCUUUAUUUUUGUUUUGACAAAAAGGUUCUAGCAUUAAAUUUAAGCAAGUUACGCUCAAAAUAAAGUAGGUCCCUUUUGUUUUUGUGCAAAAAAAAAUCGGGAAGACCACCCCCUAAUUAGCAACUUAAAUGAAAUUAAUCGUUACCGCUCCACAAAUUAUUUUACUUAUGUUGUGUUUAUAUGAUCUGUAAGUUUCAUCGAUUCAAAGUGCUUAUUUUUGAAAAAAUUUGGUUCCAAAGUAAAAUAUUUAAAAAUUUAAAUUUUGAAAAAUAUGUUUUUUUUUUCAAAAUAACUUAAAAAUUGUUAGAGAUACCAAAAAUCUCGAAAAACAAAAAAAAGUCGGCAUUGCUUUUCUGAAUAUCAUGUAUUUUUUUGUUUUUCUGUCGGACAAAAAUUGAUUAAGAUUUGGUGUUUCUAAAUUUGCAUAGAUUCGUGAUCAGUGACUCGUUCAACCCCUUUUAACUACAGCCCUUUCAAUAAUAAGGACUUUGAACCGAUGAAACUUACAGAUCAUAUAAACAAUAUAUACACGAGUCAAGAAACUUGUGAAGUCGUAUAUUAAGUUCAUUUAAGAUACUAAUUAGGGGGUGAUUUUCUCGAUUUUUUACCAAAACCAAAAGGGACUAACUUUAUUUUGAGCGUAACUUGUUUAAUUUUGAUGCUAGAAAUUUUUUUUAUAAAACAAAAAUGAAGCUUUUUUUAAACACUAUAAAUAUGUUGCAAUGAGUUUUCCCCAAAAUGUGCUUCAUUUUUGGCUAUUUCACGUUAAAGUAUUUUAUUUGGAAUUUGACGAAUAUGAACCUAUAUUUCAUUAUCUAUAACUCUGCUUCUACUAGGUGUGGACACGUGAUAAAUACACCAUUUUUUUAAAUUUUUUACAGGCUAUAUUUUUGUUAAAAAUGUUUUUUCGACAAAAUAGUUACUAUUUGAGUUAUUUGAGAAAAACCGUCUAAAAGCGUGGUUAUUUUGUUGAAAAAAUGAACAUAUUCACUGCCAAAUAACUCAAAAAGUAUUGACUUAGUGAAAAAACUCUAUAGAACAAAAGUUACUUAAAAUUAGCCAGUUUAUCCAUUUCCUGACUUUCUUUGGACAAAUAUUUUUCACCCGCAAGAGGGGGUGAAAACCACCCCCAGGGCAAAAGCACAUAUCGGCACAAUAUCACUUUUUUUCUUUGACUUGUUAGCUAUGUGUAUGCCAAAUUUCAUGUCAAUCCAAGCGGUUCUUUAAAAUUUAGAGGUUUUGCAAUAUUUUACCGUUAAUGAACGGACUAAAUGUAAUUUAACAUUUUUGCUUAUCGACUGGUAAUAUAAUAAAUAUUUUAUUGGGGUUUUAAUGGUUGUCUGUAACACAAAAUGGUAUGUACUAAGCAACACAUAGUAAUUACUUUUAUUUUUCAUUGUAAACACACAAUUCAAUACUAUCUCUUCAACAACUGUAUUCAACCAACUGCAAAGUAAACAAAGGGGUAUAUAAUUUUAUAUUAGACAUGAGAAAUGUCAUUAUAAAAUAUUAUGAUCUGACGUCACAAGGGUUUCGCGCGAUUUUUCGAUCGUUUGAAAUGAUUUAAAAACACGAGAAGAUUUUAAAUUUGUACUUAAGAGGAAAGGAACAUUUUGACGCUUGUCAAAAUUUUCAAUAUAUUUUAAAUGUAAUCAUUUUUUCGAAUCCUGAGAAAACUAAUACCUAAGUAUUUUUGAAAAAUUUAAACGCAGAAUGAAAUAUAUUACUUUAUUACCGAGGGACAAGCAAGAAACCCAUUAUGAACGGCCGGCACGGCACAGCCCGGCCCGGCACAGGACAGUCCAAAUUCAUUUGUAUAGUUUUAAAUGCAACGUAACCCAUUAUGAGCGGCCGGCUCGGCCCGGCACGGCACAGCACAGGCCGGCACGUCCAAAAACCCAUUUGUAACGGCCGGCACGGCACCGGAAAAAUUAUCAUAUAUUUUAAAAACUAUCGUAAAAUAAAAGUUUUUAAAAGACAUAAACUACACAAUUUUAAAGAAUAUGCAUCAUAUUAAAAAACGAAUUCAUGGUUAAAAGAUAAUGUACGUACCUGCCCAUUGAUAGAAAUUUUCGGAUAUUUGUAUCCAUGUAUUUGUCCUUUUUCUUACUAUCAUGAUAACUUGAGUCCGAUGCAUCAUACAAAAAUGGGUAUUCUCUGACACUCUCAAUGAAAAGUUCGUCCAUAUUAUUUUAUUUCAAAAGAAACAACGCGCUUUCAAUUAAAAAAUCAACAAUAUAUCUGCUUAUUACCAAUUAUGACGCACUGGCGCCGACUGGCCGUUCAGGCCGUUCGACUUCUACGGAUUUUAUUCUCCUCGGAGAAUUUUGGCCGUUCCGUUUUCGGAUAUUUGUACCCAUGUAUUUGUCCUUUUUCUUACUAUCAUGAUAACUUGAGUCCGAUGCAUCAUACAAAAAUGGGUAUUCUCUGACACUCUCAAUGAAAAAUUCGUCCAUAUUAUUUUAUUUCAAAAGAAACAACGCGCUUUCAAUUAAAAAAUCAACAAUAUAUCUGCUUAUUACCAAUUAUGACGCACUGGCGCCGACUGGCCGUUCAGGCCGUUCGACUUCAACGGAUUUUAUUCUCCUCGGAGAAUUUUGGCCGUUCCGUUUGCGUGCUGGACUGUGCCAGGCCGAGCCGGCCGCUCAUAAUGGGUUACGUUGCAUUUAAAACUAUACAAAUGAAUUUGGACUGUCCUGUGCCGGGCCGGGCUGUGCCGUGCCGGGCGUUCAUAAUGGGUUUCUUGCUUUAGAAUGAAUAAAAAGUUUAUAGUAAAGUCAGAAUUUGGUAUUAAUUUUGAGAGUAAAUUAAAUGUAAGACCAAAUACUUACGAUGUCGGGAUAGUAUCACGAGGGUUUUCCUGGUUUUCCCUCGUGAUUUACUAUGAGAUCUCUAACGCGAGAAUUUUAAUGUCACCGUUGCAUAUGGUUGUCUUUUUAAAGACAGAUCACAUGCUAUGAUUUUUUUGUGACGGAUAUUCUUGAGUUGGGGUUGAUUUCAUGUAAUCGAAUGAACUAUCUUUCAGUAAAGUCGUCCCAGGAACGCAACUCAUAAAUAUUGGCAAUAUCAUUUUAAAGUCUUCUACUUUAAAAUGUAUCAUAUGUAUCUGAAUUGCCGAUAUAAAUGAGUCAAAUUAAAUAAAUUAUUAGAAAAAUUUUUUUAUAAAGCAAGAACAUUUUUGUUUAUGUUAGUAGUAUUUUGUAUUUUGACAACGGCACCCGAUUUGGGCGUCGAAACGUUAAUAAAAAUCAUUUUUAAUAAUAUUGUGGCUUAUUUCCCAUUAUAAAUAGUUAAAAUAAUAAAAAGUUUCUUUUAAAUGAGAUAUUUGAAAUUAAAAAUCACACUAAAUUUUCUCUUAGUUUUUCGCUCCUGUAAGUUAUUAAAAUAAACAUUAUAGAAGUUUUCAGGGACUUUCGGCCCUCGGUAAUAACGUAAUCUUUCAUUUUGCGUUUAAAGUUUUUAAAAAUAUUCAUUAGUUUUCUCAGGAUUCGAAAAAAAUGAAUCCAAUUUAAAUAUUAUUGAAGCAGAAAGUUCGUACCCAUCCCCUUAAGGUUUUGAAGCGUAAAAUUUUAGAAAUCUUAUUUUUAAACAAAACUGAACAUUAUUAUGGAGUAAAAGAAAUGUGCAAGUUCCCUAUUUGGUAAAAAAUUCAACUCAACAACCCCAAAAUAAAUCCAAAGAAACGUUUUUAAUAAUAAUUGUGCUCUGAAUAUCAAACAGAUUUUUUGUUUUGUUUGAAACUUUUUGUCAACUUAAGACCAUGAUUUAUUUUUUAACCAAUACUGUAUUAGUAUUGCAAUGUCUACUGGUUUUUAAACUAUGCAGUAAGAUAUGCAGAUGAUAUACCACUAAUAACCUAUUCACAAGAAGAUCUUGGUCAUAUAAUGAAACAAAUUAAAAGAAGUGAAGAAGUAGUCCAUACAUUAUAUUUAUUGCAUAGUAGUGACAAUACUGGAAAAACAUUCUUUAAACUGAAUUGGUUAUAAUUUCAUGUGGUAUACAUUAUUUUUUUUAUCUUGCUACGUGGUUAAAUAGUUGUUCAUUAAUUAACAAACAGUAUGUUCGUAGUAUCUAAUCAUUUAGAAUGGGAAACAAACAAUUUUAGGAUUUUCCAACAAAACUAUUUGUCGAUAAGGUUUUAGUAUUAUUGAAGUGUACUGUUUAAAUUUUUUGGAAAAUAGUUUAUUUAUUUAGUUAUAGUUACCUAAACUGAACCAAAAAACAUAUUUCAAAACCAAUAUAUUUGUUUGAAAUAUAAAUAAAACGUAGAUGCUUUGUGAUAAAAUGUAAUGUAUUAACGUGAAAUUGAAAAUGAAAAAAAAACGUCAAAAGACAGAUUGACAGAUAGAAUUUUUACUUGCUCAUCAGAUGCCCACAUUCCGCAUUUACAUUACUUAUUAUUUUUUAAGUUAAUAAUUGUAAACGACCAAAUACGUAAUAAAGAUAUUAAACGUUGAAACAAUUGUUUUAAAAAUAGAAACAUAAAAUAGUUUUUGCACUCAAGCUGCGUUAGCGGUAUAAAAGACUCUUAUUAAAAUUCACAUAAAGAGAGAUCAAAAUUAACAAUACCAAUAUCAAGGAUCUCUCCAAUAUACAGGGCGUCCCGAAAAGAUUGGUCAUAAAUUAUACCACAGAUUAUGGGGUCAAAAAUAGAUUGAUUGAACCUCACUUACCUAUGUGCAAUAGUGCACACAAAAAAAGUUACAACUCUUUGAAGUUACAAAAUGAAAAUCGAUUUUUUUUGAUAUAUCGAAAACUCUUACGAGAUUUUUUAUUGAAAAUGGACAUGUGGCAUUUUUAUGGCAGCAACAUCUUGAAAAAAAUUAAAGUGAAAUUUGUGCACCCCAUAAAAAUUUUAUGGGGGUUUUGUUCCCUUCAACCCCUCAAACUUCUGUGUACGUUCCAAUUAAAUUAUUAUUGUGGCACCAUUAGUUAAACACAAUGUUUUUAAAACGUUUUUGUCUCUUAUUACUUUUUCGAUAAGCCAGUGUUUAUCGAGAUAUUUUGAAUAUUUGUCGAAUCCACCACGUAUUUGUAUAUGGUUAAGAGGUUAAGUACGAUUAUAGACCUGUUAAUAAUCUGAAAAUUUAUUUAUAAUUUACAUUUUUAGAUAUAUUUUGAAAAAGAAGCCGCAUCUCGAUAAAAGGUGAUUUAUCAAAAAAAUACUAAGAGGCAAAAAAGUUUCAAAAACACUGUUUAACUAGUGAUACCACAAUAAUAGUUUAAUUGGAACGUACACAAACAUUGGGGGGGGGGGGGUUAAAGGAACAAAAUCCCCAUAAAAUUUUUAUGUAAAUAUAUUUAAAAAGAAGCCGCAUCUCGAUAAAAACUGGCUUAUCGAAAAAAUACUAAGAGGCAAAAAGGUUUAAAAACGUUGUGUUUAACUAAUGGUACCACAAUAAUGAAUUAAUUGGAACGUACACAAAAUUUGGGGGGGGGUUUAAGGGAACAAUACUCCUAUAAAAUUUUUAUGUGGUGGACAAAUUUCACUAUAAUUUUGUUUUAAGAUGUUCCUGCCAUAAGAAUGGUACAUAUCCAUUUUCAAUAAAAAAUCUCUAAUAGUUUUCGAUAUAUUGAAAAAAAUCGAUUUUCAUUUUGUAACUUCAAAGGGCUGUAACUUUUUUUAUGAGCACAUUUGUACUAAGGUAAGUUAGGUUCAAUCGAACUAUUUCUGACCCCAGAAUGUUAGGUAUAAUUUAUGACCAAUCUUUUCGGGACACCCUGUAUAUCACAACAUAAUAAAUUGACAUGUGGCUUUAGGGUCAAAUAUCACUUUCGCAUUCCAACAUAGAUUAACAACUGCAGACGUAAAUAUAAAGUGUCUUAUGUAAUGUUUAUACAUGUAAUUAUUAAAGUGCUUAUUAAAUUUAAAAUUAUUUAACUAAUUUUAAAUACUCCUUUUCCCGGAAGUUCAAAAAUAAUCUAUAUACUGCAUUACUUUUACUUAAUGCUUUUAAUCGUAUAUUUGACUAACUAUUCUUGGAUUAAGUGAGCCACUUAAUCAUUUAUUUGAUAAUCAUAACUCAUAAUAUUUAGAGCCACAGUCUCUAAAUAUAUCAAAUUUAUUAUGUUCAAAUAAAUUCUAUACUACAUUUAUAUCACUGGUUACUGUGGUUACAUAUGUCUCAAUGUUCUAGUUUUAAGCUUACAUGUGUUCAUUGAAGAGGUUUUUGUGAAUUUAUACAGGAAUGUUACAUUUUUUUCUUUUUGUAUUAGAUUAUUUUUUGAUUUGAAGAGACAUUUAUUUUGUAUACUUAAUAGUUUAACACUAUUAAGCACAUUUAUUGUUAAAUUAAAUAUAAAUAAGAUUAUUAAGUACAAUUAUUCAAAGAAUAUUCAAAAACAUUGUCAAGGAAAAAUAUUGAAAAAUAAGCCAACGGUGGCAAAUUUUUACAAGAAAAAAUAAAUUUUGCGGUGGAUAUCAGAACUCAUCACUCGAUCAGGUGAAACAAAUAAUUCAAAAAGAUUUUGUUAGCUUAUGAGUUCCUCGAGGUAAUGCUGUCGAGUUUUUUAUUUUUACCGAUUUUUCAGUUCUUUACAUGACUCUGAAGUAAAAAAAAACACGAAAUUCUUUGUAACAAAAGAGUGAAAAUCAACAUAUUAUUGAAAAAAUAAGCAUAAAAACAAAUACAUAUAUCUCGACAGCGUUACCUCAAAAAAUGUCUAAAGAAAAUCUAUGCAAAAUUUCAGGUGGAUUGGUCAAGUAGUUUUUGAGUUACACGUGUCCACCGCCUUUGAAAAUAGAGUUUAAAAAAAAACUCGUUUAAAGUGUGGACAACUUCGUUUUCAUCUUCUUAUUUCUCUGUAAAAUCGUAAAGUAAUUCACACUAGAAUAUAUUUUGAAUCGUGGAGUAAUCUACAAAAGAGAAGAGGAACAGUUGUUGAACGUUUCUCACUACGCUUAAGCGUGCUGAUGCGAAACCGCGGUAAUGAAGAUAGGAAUAUUCAACAAGCUGUAUUUCUGGUAAUUUUACUCUGAUCCAUCUGAAAUUGUCAUAGAGUAUUCUUGGAGUUGUGCAGUUUUAUUUAAAAUGAGAAAAAAAUUAAGAAUUUCAAACCAUACCCUCCCUCCUUUAACGGAAGGAUUUGUGUGAGGAUUGUUUUAUGUAUUUUCAGUUUAUGUUACACAGGAUAUUAGAUUACAACCAGUAGAGAAAUUAAAAAUGUAUUUGUUUUAUUAUACUGUCGUGCUAUUAUAUUUCAUCACAUGCCAUUUCUCUUUCUACACAAAACCCGUACCCUUCUGUUAUUUUUGUUCUAUUUGUUGAUUGUUUAAUUAUGUAUUUUUUUAUUUCUUUUUUUUUCCAUUUUUUUUCUUCAUACUUUUUUUGUUGGGUUUUUGUUGUCUCCUUUACGUUCUUUACUGCCAUACCAGCAUCAGCUAUUGUUGACAUUUUCCUACAAUGGUUUGAGUGCUCAUCAGGGUAUAUAUCCAGUCCAAAAUAUUUAUACUCUUUAUAUUCAUGAAUCUAUUAUCCAAUUUAAAAGAGUAGGCAUCGUUGUACUCACCCUAACGCAUGAAUUCCAUUUUUUACUGUGGGUGCGUUUUUCUUGAAUAAUUCGUUUAUUUGCGUAAGUUUAUGUGAGUACAGGAUAUGUCCCAUACUUCUUUUUCUUGUCUCUUUCUUUUUUAUUACUGAACUUUGCUGGGAUUUCUUCUAGCCUGUUGUUCGUAUUCCUUUAGUAAUAAUUACUUAUUUGUUUGUCGAAACGUAAAGUCUUAGAUUUAAAAUAUUGUUUAUUAUAUUUUUAUUUCAAUUAUUCUAAUUGUUUAAAAAGUAGUAAACUGUGUAUCUAGGGCUUUUCGUUGUUUUCCUCGUAAUACGAGAGAUGUCGCUAGAUUGCGUCUCAAAAGGUGGAAUCAUUGUAUCGCGAUGGUUUCCCUUAAAUAGGCAGAUUGUUGAUAUUUCUUUCAGAGUUGUGACUGCAUAGCUUCACUGAGGAUGCUGAAAUAGCUAUAUGGAGAUGGUGGUCCAACUCUGAAUCAAAUAUAAACAAAAACUGCCUUUAUCUUUUUCAUCUUGAUUCAGAUUUGAGUAUUUAGAAACUGUCUUUCGGUCCUUUUCCUAGACGAAGAGAAGGUAAAUGCGUGGCCUAAGUGUCCUCUAUUUGCUUUCUCCUGUUUUCGUCGCCUCUGUGCUUAUAUAUUAUAAAAGCCGGAGAUACAGGAUGCAGCCAGAAAGCAGUUUAUUAACGAAAAGUCUUAGAUUUAAAAUAUUGUUUAUUAUAUUUUUAUUUCAAUUAUUCUAAUUGUUUAAAAAGUAGUAAACUUUGUAUCUAGGGCUUUUCGUUAUUUUCCUCGUAAUACGAGAGAUGUCGCUAGAUUGCGUCUCAAAAGGUGGAAUCAUUGUAUCGCGAUGGUUUUCCUUAAAUAGACAGAUUGUUGAUAUUUCUUUCAGAGUUGUGACUGCAUAGCUUCACUGAGGAUGCAUGAGGAUGCUGAAAUAGCUAUAUGGAGAUGGUGGUCCAACUCUGAAUCGAAUAUAAACAAAAACUGCCUUUAUAUUAUUUGUUUGUAUUAUUGCCUCAACAUUUAUGGCUAGACUUUUAUGAUCAUCAUCACUAUGGCGUUACAACUCUCCUUGAAUAUUUGCCGCGCUUACUAUUGCCUUCCAUGUUUGUCGGUCAUGUGCCACUAUCUCCCAUUAUCUCACUCCCAUUUUCUCUAGAUCCCUCUCUUUGUAUCCCUCCACCUGAAAUGCUGAUAGUAUUGAUAUCAAAAGUUUGUUAAGUCAGCGUUGUAGUCUGGUAUUCUAGAAACCAUGAAUGAUAAAACUAUGUUUAGAAUAUUGGAUCUGAUGAUUGUGUAUAAAACAAUUAAUAUCUAAGUUGAUGAAGUUGAUUAUUAAGUGUGUCUUUGCUGAACGAUUUUAUCUAUGGACAAGUGAAUUAUAGGAUAUUUAGUGUGACCAACUCCAAUUCAGUCAAAUUCGGGACAAGACUGAUAAGAAUACCUGAAAUCCGGGACUUUUCAAUGAUAAGCGGGUAAUUUUUUUUCAAUAUAGAACUUUAAUAUCAUUAUUUUAUUGAUUAUACAGCUUACGAACAAUAUUAAUAUUUUUGUGCUGACAAUGAUAUUUUUGGUGGGAUUAAACCACAAUUGGUUUCAUAUAAUAAUUACAUUUUUGUUAGUUUUUGACGUUUCGACUUCCAAUCCGGAAAUGAUCCUCAAUAAAUGAAAAAUUAUAAAAUCAACUGAUGUUGGAUUUCCAUCUUUUUUUGUCCCACCAAUUCAAUUUGAUCUGAAUUCCUAGAAGAAUAUCAUAUUCAAAAUAGAAUUUUACCAAAACGUUGAAAAUUCGGAUGGCCCGGAACACCGGGGCACGACUUCGUAAUUCGGGCUAUGUCCCGGAUUUUUCGGACUAGUUGGUCAUACUAAGGAUACUGUUUCUGUAUUCUAUAAGAUAUUUUUAUACUCUGAAGAAAAAAACUUCAUUUAUUUUCUUUUUACCACUUGUGAUAUAAAGUAGGUAUAUAAGUUAUUUACAAAAAAAAAUAUACUUUGUCUACACGUUAAUUCACAUGAUCUUUACAUUUGGUAAAACAGCUGAUUUUGGACUACCGCCUUGGUUUUUACAUGAAAACGGAACCAACCAACUUACUGGAGGAGAAGAGGAGUUUGUUGAAAAAAAUGUUGCAUUUUUUAUAAUAAACUAUUUCGUGUUUUUCGCAAAAAUUUGAUAGUUUUUUCAGAGUAUAAAUAGAAAAAUAAACAAUUUAGCAGAGACACAAAUUAAAAUAAAACAUGUACUAUAAGAUCUACCUAUUAUAAUAAUUUUUAUCUGUAAUAAAUCGUCAAACAUU